AUGACUUGUUUAGUUGAAAACCAUUCCCUGUUUCGUUUUCAAGGUGGUGGUGGGGGUGAUGGUAGUGGUGGGCUAUCUCUCUGGACAACAUCAUCAUCAUCAUCAUCAUCAUCAUCAUCAUCAUCAUCAUCAUCAUCAUCAUCAUCAUCAUCAUCAUCAUCAUCAUCAUCAUCAUCAUCAUCAUCAUCAUCAUCAUCAUCAUCAUCAUCAUCAUCAUCAUCAUCAUCAUCAUCAUCAUCAUCAUCAUCAUCAUCAUCAUCAUCAUCAUCAUCAUCAUCAUCAUCAUCAUCAUCAUCAUCAUCAUCAUCAUCAUCAUCAUCAUCAUCAUCAUCAUCAUCAUCAUCAUCAUCAUCAUCAUCAUCAUCAUCAUCAUCAUCAUCAUCAUCAUCAUCAUCAUCAUCAUCAUCAUCAUCAUCAUCAUCAUCAUCAUCAUCAUCAUCAUCAUCAUCAUCAUCAUCAUCAUCAUCAUCAUCAUCAUCAUCAUCAUCAUCAUCAUCAUCAUCAUCAUCAUCAUCAUCAUCAUCAUCAUCAUCAUCAUCAUCAUCAUCAUCAUCAUCAUCAUCAUCAUCAUCAUCAUCAUCAUCAUCAUCAUCAUCAUCAUCAUCAUCAUCAUCAUCAUCAUCAUCAUCAUCAUCAUCAUCAUCAUCAUCAUCAUCAUCAUCAUCAUCAUCAUCAUCAUCAUCAUCAUCAUCAUCAUCAUCAUCAUCAUCAUCAUCAUCAUCAUCAUCAUCAUCAUCAUCAUCAUCAUCAUCAUCAUCAUCAUCAUCAUCAUCAUCAUCAUCAUCAUCAUCAUCAUCAUCAUCAUCAUCAUCAUCAUCAUCAUCAUCAUCAUCAUCAUCAUCAUCAUCAUCAUCAUCAUCAUCAUCAUCAUCAUCAUCAUCAUCAUCAUCAUCAUCAUCAUCAUCAUCAUCAUCAUCAUCAUCAUCAUCAUCAUCAUCAUCAUCAUCAUCAUCAUCAUCAUCAUCAUCAUCAUCAUCAUCAUCAUCAUCAUCAUCAUCAUCAUCAUCAUCAUCAUCAUCAUCAUCAUCAUCAUCAUCAUCAUCAUCAUCAUCAUCAUCAUCAUCAUCAUCAUCAUCAUCAUCAUCAUCAUCAUCAUCAUCAUCAUCAUCAUCAUCAUCAUCAUCAUCAUCAUCAUCAACAUGGUACUCAUUAUGGGGAAGGAACUAA